GCCGCUGACCAAUCGUUUGCCGGUGGCGGACUCGAGGUCAUUCGAAAAUUCGUCCGUCUUAGCACCAGCGACUUUUCUACCAACAUGGCUGCUGCUCGCCCCGUUGUCUCUGUGCUCUCGAUCGCCGACGAGGCCGUCAAGGUCGUCUCGCAGAUCGCGCUCCCCGCGGUCCUCACGGCGCCCAUCCGCCCGGACGUCGUCACCUUCGUGCACACCCAGAUGAACAAGAACAACCGCCAGGCGUACGCCGUCUCGCGCAAGGCCGGCCACCAGCACUCGGCCGAGUCGUGGGGCACGGGCCGCGCUGUCGCGCGUAUUCCCCGUAUCUCGGGCGGCGGUACCCAGCGUGCCGGCCAGGGUGCGUUCGGUAACAUGUGUCGUUCGGGCCGCAUGUUCGCGCCCACGCGCAUCUGGCGCAAGUGGCACCGCAAGAUCAACGUGAACCAGCGCCGCUUCGCCGUGGCGUCGGCUCUCGCUGCUUCGGCCGUGCCUUCGCUUGUCCUCGCCCGCGGUCACCGCAUCGAGCAGGUCUCGGAGAUCCCGCUCGUCCUCGACGACUCGGUUGAGUCGACGCAGAAGACGGCCGCCGCCAUGAAGAUCCUCGCCAAGAUCGGUGCCCACGCCGAUGUCGAGAAGGUCAAGGACUCGAAGAAGAUCCGCACGGGCCGUGGCAAGAGCCGCAACCGUCGCUACUCGUUGAAGAAGGGCCCCCUCUUCGUCUACGCCCACGCCAACGGCAUCGAGAAGGCCUUCCGCAACAUCCCGGGUAUCGAGCUCGUCCCGGUCGAGCGCCUCAACCUCUUGAGCCUCGCCCCCGGUGGUCACGUCGGCCGCUUCAUCGUCUGGACCAAGUCCGCCUUUGAGCAGCUCGACACGAUCUACGGCACGUACACCAAGAAGUCGGCCGUCAAGUCGGACUACACGCUCCCGCGCCACGUCAUGACGAACGCCAACUUGGGCCGUCUGAUUAACUCGGAUGAAAUCCAGUCGGUCAUCCGCGCCGGUAUCUACAAGAACACGCGCCGUGCUCACAAGAAGAACCCGCUCAAGAACCUCGGCGCCAUGGUCAAGCUCAACCCGUACACGCUUGUCGCCCGCCGUGCCGAGCUCCGCGCCGAAGCCCUCCGCAAGGAGAAGAAGGGUGCCCUCGUCGCCGCCAAGCGCAACAUCAAGUCGACGAAGAACGACCCCAAGCGCAAGGCUCAGUCGAAGGCUCUCUUCGCCAAGAACGCCUCGGACUAAGUUGUUCCUUGAGACCACAGGAAGUCAGCAGCUUCCGCAGCCACCACGCGCUGUUAAUUCUUCAUGGAUCAACAUGCAUGGUUGUUGUGUCAUUA